UGCGCGAGUUGGGCGAAGGAGGAGGAGCGAGGUGACGCAGGCGUAAUAAUAGAGAAGGUGCCAGAAAGAUCCAAAACAAGUGGCUGCGGCCGUCGCCCAGAAGUCAUCGGACGCUGGAAUCUGGCCCUGGUUCUGAGCUUGUUCCGCACCCCUCCCCUGGGAAUGGCGUUGUCCGGGUCGACCCCGGCCCCGAGCUGGGAGGAGGAUGAGUGUUUGGAUUACUACGGCAUGCUGUCGCUUCACCGUAUGUUCGAGGUAGUGGGCGGGCAGCUGACCGAGUGCGAACUGGAGCUCCUGGCCUUCCUGCUGGAUGAGGCCCCCGGCGCCCCCGGCGGCCUGGCCCGCGCCCGCAGCGGCCUGGAGCUGCUUCUGGAGCUGGAACGCCGCGGACAGUGCGACGAGAGCAACCUGCGGCUGCUGAGCCAACUCCUGCGCGUGCUAGCCCGGCACGAUCUACUGCCACAUCUGGCGCGCAAGCGGCGCCGGCCAGUGUCUCCUGAGCGAUACAGCUAUGGCCAUUCCAUCUCUUCUUCCAAGAGCACAGAGGACAGUUGCCGGCGUCGGCGACAGGCGAGCAGUUCUUCCGAUGCUCCUCAGAGUCAGUGGGACACAGGCUCCCCACCAACCAAGCGGCAGCGUCGGAGCCGAGGCCGCCCAAGCAAUGGUGCCCGGCGGCAGCGGCGGAGAGCAGGACUGGUGGCCUCGCAGCAGCACCAGCAGCAGGAGCUGGGCAGGCCCUCCUCAGAAGGCAAGGUGACCUGUGACAUCCGGCUCCGGGUUCGGGCAGAGUACUGCGAGCACGGACCAGCCUUGGAGCAGGGCGUGGCAUCCCGGAGACCUCAGGCAUUGGCCCGGCAGCUGGACGUGUUCGGACAAGCCACCGCUGUGCUGCGGUCAAGGGACCUGGGCUCCGUGGUGUGUGACAUCAAGUUCUCAGAGCUCUCCUAUCUGGACGCCUUCUGGGGUGACUACCUGAGUGGUGCCCUGCUGCAGGCCCUUCGGGGCGUGUUCCUGACUGAGGCCUUGCGGGAGGCCGUGGGCAGAGAGGCCGUCCGCUUGCUGGUCAGUGUGGACGAGGCUGACUAUGAGGCUGGCCGGCGCCGCCUGUUGCUGAUGGAGGAGGAAGGAGGGCGACGUGGGACAGAGGCCUCCUGAUCCUGGAUCUCACAGGACUGACCCCACCUCCAAGUCUCGGGGCCACCAGAAAGAUGACCAUCUUGCCCACAGACACUGUUCUUCAGCAGCGUCAGGACUGCGUCAGGACCGCGUCAGGACCGCAGGCUCCGUGAUCGCCUCUCCUUUGAUGUGGGCUUUGAGGCAUUAACCACUUCCAGCUGCUUCCAUCCCCAGUCCCCUACUCCCAGGUGGAUUCCCUCAGCCUUGGGGGCCCAGGUUCACAGAGCCCCAGGCCGGGAGGCAUAGCCCCUGCACUCGUCUCUCUCACCAUGGCUGAUGCUGUCUGGCCUCACACACUUUAGCCUAAGAGCAACUCUCAGGAUCUCAGAUGUACUGUCCCCACAUGGGUUUCAGCCCCAGCAGUGGGCUCUGGAGCCAGGGUGCCCGCGGGGCCGGCUCCCCAUGCCCAUCCAUCUGACCAGCCUGAGCGCUGCCUGCGGCGCACACAGAUACCCAACCCUCGUCACCUUCCCCUGCUCCCCGGAGUGAGGCAGACUUGCCCUGUGGGCUUUGUGGCCACAUCAGGUCAAGGGCAGCUGUUGCCUACAGAGCUAGGACCAGAACCAGCCACUUUGUCAUGACGGGAAGGCGAGGACUUGGGCUGAUGCAAAGAUGUUUCACAAACUGCGCCAAUAAAACUGCCCUGGGAAGGGCGCAGGUGGGCAUCAAGGCUCUCCAGUCCUUUUGUCGGUCGGCAGGGCAGGGGAGAGGGCUGGAGAAGAGUGCGAUGCCAGCUUGUCUGCCAGCUGCAGCUGCCACAGGCGUCUCCGUCCCUUGGGCCUCAGUUUCCUUAACCAUCAAAGGAAAUAAGGCCCCGGCACCAUCAACUCGACUCCGAGCCUGGCCACGUGUGCUCUGUAGGAUUCUGUAUGUUCAUGGAGGGGAAAACUUUGUAAGUUUUAUGUGGACAGGUGUUCUGCUUGCAUGUGUGCUUGUGCACCACAUGCGUGCUGGUGUCCAAGGAGGCCGAAGAACAGGGUGUUAGAUGCCGUGCAACUAGAGUUAGAGCCUGUCAAGUCGUUGUGAGGGUGCUGGGUCCUCCGGAAGAGCAGCCGGUCAUCCUAACCACUGAGCUGUUUCGCCAGCCAUUUGCAGUUGUUUGUACGGGCACGUGCACUUGCGCGGGGUGCCCAUGGCUGCCCGAGUUGUGAGAAUCCCCUGGAACUCAAGUUCCCGGAAGUUGUGAGCUGCCUGGCAUGGCGAUUUGGAACUGAACUCUGGGCCUCUGGAAGAGGAUGCCAGGGUUUUUAGCCCUCUCAGUGAGAGGAGUGGAUUGUUUCCGAAACUGUUGGAGCCCUGGGAAUGGGGAAUUGGAAAGGAGAGGCAGCCAGGGGUUCUCUGCCUGCAGUUCCUUCCCCCACCCACCCACCCACCCACCCCCCGGCAGGCUCCCAACCCUUCCUCUCUGACUUGAGUUUCAGGGUCCAAAACUAAAGCACUACUUGCCACUGUGUGGCCCCAGGGGAGCAUGGGAGGCGUCUCCUGCCUUCUCCCCUCGGAAGGCAAAGGCUCAUUUCUCACACAAAAUCAAGUCUUCCGUCCUAGGGCCUGAGGAGCAAGAACUGGAGAGGUGGUGGUGGGUGGAGAUGCCAAGGGCUGCCCUCUCCUGGGGCAAGAAGUGUUCCUGCCCAUGCCUGCGUGCCCUUCCUGGACCCCUAAUGGCUGGUGGACAGGGAAGAAAUGGCAGACGUAGGGGUUGAGUUCUGCCCAGGAGUGGAGGCGGGUCCCACCGGCCUCUGUGUGUCUUCAGAACCUGCUCUUACUGUCUCCGAGCAAAGUUCUAGGUGGUCUGAUACUGAGCAGCACUGUGUGCGGUCAGUGAGGGGAGUGGCCCUCCAGGCCGAGCAGCUGCCGGCGGUCUGGAUCAGUGAGGGGAGGCUUGCUCCGGUAGCCUUUCCUGUGUUCCCACCGGGAAGAGCAUAGGCUUUCUUUUGUUAGUUUGUUGAGAACUGGGUCUCAUUAUGUAGCCCCAGACACUCAAUGUGGACCAGGCUAGACCACAGAGGUCCGCCUGCCUCUGCCUCCAGAGCUCUGGGAUUAAAGGUGUGCGCUACCAUGCACACCCUAGGCCUUCUUGCCACAGUUUAGCCUUGAGGCUCUCCCCUGCAUGAUUUUUAAGUGUUGGCCCAGGUCUGGCUCUGUUCAAGGCCUGAGGUAGCUCUCCUUUUCUCUCAGCUGUAAUCUGAGGCUUCUGGCUGGGCAGGGUUCCCCGCUCCAGGCCACUUCUUUCCAUGCCUCUCCCUGACAGUUUCCCCCAACAUAUUCUGGAGGCCUCUCCUGCCUGUUAACUCCACCCAACCCCCACUUCACCCUAUCACCCCUCACUCUCAUGUACACCAGGAGGAAGUCAACCUAGGUUGGAGGGAGGGGCCCUGGGCUGGUGGAGCGUUCCCAGAAGUCUAAGGUGGCUCGAGCCUGAGGUGCUGCCCUGGCACACCUGAAACCUUCCGCGGCGCGUGCUCUGCGGAUCCCUCCUGGGCUUGUCAGAGUUUUGGGUACAGAAUAGGUCUAGUAGACCCCCAGAAGUGGCUAACACCAGGAUCAUGACGGCAACUCAAGAGCUUCAAAAGUCCAGAAUCAGGAUUUUGGGGGGCAGGAUGCAGGCAGGAUCUUGGCACUGAGAUAGAGCCCUGUUGGGACUAGAGGUUAGUGGCCCCAUCCUUCCACAGAGGCACAGAGCUGAGAGCUGGCCCUGGAUGAGGAGUCCUCAGAAUUCCAGUGUGUGGGGGUUGGGGGACAGAACGGUCCUUACCAAGGCCUCAGGAUACUCCUGACUUAGAUGUAAAGAGACUGGACAGAGGAGACAUUAAGUGGGGAAAGCCACAUACAUCGUCAUUUGGGCUGCCACCACCUGUAUGGGGAAUUGGGAGCUAUCAGAGACAGAUGUGAGCACUUGGAGUGAUAAGGUGACUGCGGUGGCUCUGGAGCAGCUGUUCCAUAAAACCCGCGUCGCUGGAUCGAACUGAAGACCCUGAGGGGAUGCCAGGCUUGGCUCGAGGAGUCGAAGAGCCCCAGUGUUUUGUUGAUACCCCAGACUGGCACCCUGGGACUCCCAGGCCAGAGUGACCAGACAGCUGUGGCUGAGCAGGUGGAAUUGACUGGAGAAGCCCAAAGGAUGGUGAAUGGAGAGGUGCGGCCUGUUGGCUCGCACUGCAGGUCCAACAGAGUAUAUGCCUCUCCACCCCAGAGAAAGCUGGGGGAGAAAGCAGAUAAUGAGUUCAAGGUCAUCCUCAAAGCAGCAAGUUCAAGGCCAGCCCGGUCUCCUUGAGACCCUGCCUCAAAAGAAACAGUGACAGAAAUCCUUACCACAUCACUGAGUAACCGUUUGAGUCACAAAAUACAGCAUUCAAAAAAGUAUGGAAGAUCCUACAUGUGAUGUGAAUCUUGUGUGUGACGGACGCCAUGCGGGAGAACAAAAAGCAAGGCAAGCCAGGAGUCCCUACCAGCUGCUUUUCUGUUCUUCCUUACUAUGUAGCCCUGGCUAACCUGGAAACUCCCAAUGUACACCAGGCUAGCCACAAACUCAAAGAUCCACCUUCCACCUGCCUCUGUCUCUCCCGAGCGUUGGGAUUAAGGGUGUGGAACAUCAUAGCUAGCUGGUACAAUAUAUCUUUAUUUUUCAUA